UCUGGAAUUCUCUAGGCGUCUACAUUUGUCUUCCACUAUCCAUUUCCCUCAUUUCUAUAAAAUUCAAAAUCCACCGCUAAAACCCUAAAACUUUUGAACCCUGACUGAUUCUCGAGUGUAUCAAUGGCGAUAAUUUCCGAUUAUGAUGAGCAAGAUAACAAGCCACUGUCAUCUUCAUCGGUAUCACAAAAGCCUUUUAAUGCCGUGCUUGAUUCUGCAAACCCUCUAGGGUUUCUAGAAACGGUGUUCGAGUUUCUGGGCCGGGAGUCAGAUAUCUUCAAGAGCGAUUCUCUGGUGAGUGAUGUGAAUGCGGUGGUUCGUAUAGUGAAAGACAAGUUGGAAACUGAGGAGAAGAAGAGGAAAGAGAAUGUACAAGGAUCACCUGGAAAGGCCGAGAAGAAGUAUAAGGAGGACGUUCCUGUCGUUGAAAAGGCCGAGGAGGUUAAGGAGGCCAUGGAGGAGGACAAGAAGGGGCCUCUAGAUCCCAACAAAGGCAAUGGCCUUGAUCUGGACAGCUACUCCUGGGGUCAAUCUCUGCAGGAGGUCAGUGUUAACAUUCCUGUACCUCCAGGGACAAAAUCACGGUUUAUUGUUUGCGAUAUAAAGAAGAACCAUCUUACAGUUGGACUAAAGGGCCAGCCUCCAAUAAUUGAUGGAGAACUCUAUCGACCUAUCAAAGUUGAGGAUUGUUUUUGGAGCUUAGAGGAUCAGAAAUCCAUCUCUGUACUCCUUACCAAGACGGACCAAAUGGAAUGGUGGAAAUGUGUGGUGAAAGGUGAACCUGAAAUCGAUCCAACAAAAGCUGAACCAGAAAGUAGCAAGCUAUCAGACUUGGACCCAGAGACUCGAUCGACUGUCGAAAAGAUGAUGUUUGAUCAGCGACAGAAAUCAAUGGGUCUUCCUACAAGUGAUGAGGUCCAAAAGCAGGAGAUCCUAAAGAAAUUUAUGGCUGAGCAUCCAGAAAUGGACUUCUCUAGGGCAAAGAUGUCCUGAUUCACAGAGUUUUUGCUUAGUGAUCAUAUUUCUGAAUGUCAAAAGAAGAUAGAUCAUUUUCUGGCAUCUCUUUAGUUUGGCUGGGAUUCAGGAUGUUUUUGUGCAUAUGGGAAGCCUGUAUUCUAUAGCGACUUUUGGGUAGUCUCAGGAAGUAAUUACUUAUACACUACUGUGGAGUAACUGAAACAUCUCUGAACAUCUUUUAUGUUCUAUCAACCUGCUUCUAUGCUUAUCUGUGUUUGUUUAACUUUUGUUU